UUAAGAUUGAUAAAAUUCAUACAUAAUGAUUUUGAUAUUGGAAAAAGCUACAUUACGUUUUCAUUUUAUAUUUUGGAUAUUAAAAAAACCUAUAUUAUUUUUUAUUUUGACGAACAUGAACUUGACUUCGAUAGUUACUCAUCAGAUUUGCGUUGUGCCUGUAAUGGCCGACUUCGCGAUUCGCUUAUCACUUCCCUAACUUCAUGAUUGUUGUGUACGGCAAUUGUUUGCGCUGAAGUUCGUCUCUAAUGGAUUUGUUAUUACCGUUGAUGCCGGUUGAAAGUGGUGAUUCUUUUUGAAAACAGAAUAACUACAAAUAAGUGGACUUUUUACAAGAAAGCUGACAUAUCAGGUCAGAUAAAAUGACUUUGUUCGGUGCUUUUAUAAAUUUAGAUUGUGUAUAUUUUUUAUCGUUCGACGUCAGGUUAGCUCUUCUAUAAAAAAAAUUGUGUGCAAAUUUAAUUUAAAUUUAGAUUAGAUUAAGAGACAUUUGAAUACAAUUAAUAGAUAAAAGAUUAGGUAGAUUGUUAUAAAAAAGAGUUAUAAAAAAAAAAGAUGGGAUCAUUGAAUCUAAUUUGCCCGAUGUGCUGUGGUGAAACAUUUAACGAUCCACAGUCUUUGAAGUACCACUUGCUCAGCAUGACGGACAAUUUGUAUUGUCCUGGAUGUUCGCAGCGUUCAGAUUCGGUAAUGGCGUUGAUACAACAUUUGGAUCGAUGUGGCCAAGACUCAGAACAGGAGAUACAUCAAGUUAAUAAAGAAAAUAUGGAGCAAGAAACUUCGAAAGAAACUGUCACAGCUUCCGAAGUUUUAAUGGAUACAAAUAUCGAGCAAAUUAAUCAAACCUUUUUAGCAACUGUAAAUAAUAGUGGUAUUAUGAUAGUAGGAGGAUCUGAAACCAUUCAAGUUGAUGAAAAUGGAGACAUUAAAGUAAUAGAAAAGAUGGACACAGACAAAUCACAAGUAGAUCAUAAUUCACUGGACUUCAAUAUGACUGAAAAAUUAAACAGUAUUAUUAAUGAAACAGUAGAAGAAUCUUCAACUUCAAAUUCAUUAGUGACUCCAUCAACAUCUGGCAUAGAAGAUAAAUCAGCAGAUAAAAAUAUAAUUACCAUUUUAUCCAGUAGUUCUGAACUUUUGGUUGGAGAUACUAGUACUUUGAUAAAUUUGGACCAUAUAAAUGAUGUUGGUGAAAUUAAUGAUCCUGCAUUACUUCGUGUUAAGCAGGAAAUCUGUGAGCUAGAACCAGAAGCAGUUUAUAGUUGUACAAGUUGUGACAUGAGCUUCAAUUCUGUUUUGGAACAUAUAAAACAGUAUCAUGAUGGUCAAGAAGUAUUGCUUGAAAUGGCAGAGCCAUUAGAUGAGUUACCAUCCGUACCUACGACUUCUGCUACUGUUCCAAGUGAAUCUGAGAAUGCUAUUAAUCCACAACCUGAAACUAUGAAUACCCUUUGUAGCGAAGAAUGUGUAGAUAGCGAAGGAAGAUUAUAUACUAGAAAAGUUGUACAAAUAGAAAAAUUUUGGGAUAAAACUUCAACCGCACCACCGACUCAAUCCACGAAGGCGCCGAUGAUCGAGAAAUUUUUUUCUAAUGUAGAAGGCGUGAAGGUGAGUGAGAAAACUACAGCUCCCACUGCCCCUUCGAAAAUGUACAAAUGUAAUCAGUGUUCGCAGCAAUUUACAAAAUUAGCAUGUUUUGAAGAACAUAUAUGUCCUAAUGGUAAUAAUCAUUGUGACAUUUGUGAUCAAGCAUUUGCUACACCAAACGCAUUACAAAUUCAUUCAAAGAUACAUGAAGGUGACACUGAUUCUAAUCAACAAGUGUUCCUAUGCACUACAUGUGGUACUGAGUUUUGUUCGCACAAAAGCUUACGAUUGCAUUCUCGAAUGCAUGCGCCAGUGAGAGCACGACAUGUCGAUGCACCAGAAGGAACUCUUGACGCAACAUUUACUUGUCCUGAGUGUGGUAAAACCUUAUCAGAAUCGUAUAAAGAAGCACACAUGUCGCUGCAUACAGGUGAUUCCGUAACGUGUACAAUAUGUAAUAGAAAGUUUGAUUCUGCCGAUAGUUUGGCGAUGCACGCUGCAGUGCACAACGAAUUGAGUCAGUCACAAUCUCCGACUCCUCCCGUUGUAAAUGAAGUAAGUGAAUCUGUCGAAACACAGAAACCUUAUCAAUGCCAACACUGCGGUCGACGAUUUACUAGACCACAUGAGAAAGUAAAACACGAACGUAUUCAUACUGGAGAGAAGCCUCAUGUUUGCGAAGUUUGUGGUAAAACCUUCCGUGUUUCAUACUGCUUGACAUUACAUAUGAGGACGCAUACAGGAGUAAGACCAUAUGGAUGUCAACAUUGUGGCAAAAGAUUUAAAGCUUCUUCAGUAUAUAAUCAUCAUUUACUUACGCAUGGAGAAGAGCGUGCUUAUACUUGUCCUUACUGUCCCAAAACUUUUAAAACCAGAGUUCAAUUAGCUGGUCAUAAGAACAGUCAUACAAAGCCAUUCCGUUGUACUGAAUGCUCCAGACCUUUCGCAUCCUUAUAUGCAGCAAGAGCACAUAUCCAAACACACAAAAAAGAUAAUAAUUUAAAGUUUAGUUGCUAUGUCUGUGGUGCAUCUUAUGGCAGAGCAUUUGCUUUAAAAGAUCACUUGAAACAGCAUGGUCAAGAUACAUCGAUUCCACCGGAACCUGCCCGAGAAGAAGAAGUACGCGAAGGCGAUAACUUCUUGUUUCCAGAAGAGGAUAUGGAAGAUGAUAAAUUAAUUAUACCACCUUCUGUAACAGUCGCACAAUCUUCUGGGGCAGAAGAUACAGAUUAAAAUCGUGAUAAUCUAGUCGUUUUAA